CCCACAUUUCUUCUUCGACGACGGUCGAGGUAACGACGUGCGUUCGAGUUUCCCACAACUAACUAGAGACUGUAAACUGACCCCCCAAAAAAGUUGAUCACAUAUUAAAAAAAUGUCGCCAAAAAUAUUAAUUUCCAUAAUAUUGAUUUUGUCACAAUUUUUCUGGGGUGAUUGUGGUUCAUCACGACCUCUAGUCCCUGCUUUGUAUGUGUUUGGAGAUUCGUUGUUUGAUGGUGGAAACAACAACUGGUUGCCUACAUUGGCCAAAGCAAAUUACCCUCCUUAUGGUCAAAAUUUCCCUAAAGGCCAAUCUACCGGAAGAUUUACGAAUGGAAAACUCGUUGUUGAUUUUAUUGCUGAAUAUCUUGGACUGCCAUAUCCGCCACCAUAUGUUAUGCCAUCGUGGUUAAGGCCAAAUACGCUAAUGGGGUAUAACUAUGCAUCUGGAGCUUGUGGCAUUCUACCCGAAACUGGAAAAGAUGUUGGUUGGUGCUUGAGUUUGGAUGAACAAAUGAGAUUGUUUGAAAGGAGUAUCAGAAAACAUCUGUCUCCAAAAUUAAGUUCAGUUUCCCAACACUUGGCUAAGUCCAUAUUCAUAUUCUCCACUGGCAAUAAUGAUUACCUCGGCAACUAUUUUGGCAAGUCUUCUAAUACAAGACAACGUUACGAUCCUCAACAGUUUACCCAACUUCUCAUUGAUGCAUUAUCACUCAAUUUACAGAAGCUAUACAAAUUAGGAGCAAGAAAGGUGGUAGUAUUCGAGCUCGGACCACUUGGUUGCCUUAAAUCAAUUCUUCGGCAUUCCAAGCCCAACGGAAGAUGUGAUGAAAAUGUGAAUCAAAUAGUACUAAACUUCAAUUCUCAGCUUUCUUUGAUGCUCAAGAACUUGACUUCUACACUUGAAAACUCACACUUCAUACUUGGCCAUGCUUAUUGGCUUGGUUAUGAUGCUAUUAUCAACCCCGGUAGUCACGGGCUAAGUGAUAGUAGAAAUCCAUGCUGUAAAACGUUGGGAAAUGGCACACCGACAUGCAUCCCAGUGAUUCCAGAAGUGCCACUAUUGCAACCAUGCUCGAAUGCUAACCAACACUUCUUUUGGGAUGAUGUUCAUCCCAGUGAGGCUAUCAACUCUGUUAUUGCUUCUACAUGUAUCACUGGCUCCUCUGUUUGUCUUCCUCUCAAUAUUCAGCAGCUUGUUCAAGUCUAGACCACAAUUAUUUAUAAUUAACACUCUUUUCAGGAACACAGAUACCAACUUUGAUCGGUCAUACAUUUGAUAUCUUAUACUGUAGGGAUAUUUUACCCAUUGCACAAUAUGAAAUUGAAUUAAAUGGUUACUGCUCAGUGGCGGAUCUAAAAAUUUAGGAAUAUAGGUACAAAGCUAGACUUGAUUAAAAUACCUCUACAAUACAGAGUAGUCCGAAUCAUUUUUGCCAAAUAAAACAUACUUAUGAAAUUGAAUUAAAUGGUCACUGCUCACAGUGGCGGAUUUAAAAAUUUAGGAAUGGAGGUACAAAGCUAGACUUGAUUAAAAUACCUCUACAAUACAGAGUAGUCCGAAUCAUUUUUGCCAAAUAAAACAUACUUGAGUUA